CCAGCCUUGUAUCCUGACGGGCAGGGAGAAAAUGAUCCUGGCAUAUACUUUUACGACAACACGCCGUCGCGUUUGUUGGACCGUACCGCCAGGAAAAUUUCAAACGUCGUGGCGCCUCAAACCAGCGCGGAUCCACUCGGAAAACAGGUGGCACCAGCCGGCGAAGAGGGCAAUGAUUCUCCGUCAUAUCAGACAGCCCCAGUUCGCAGCACUGUCGUUGAAAGCGCCGGCGAAGAUGAAGAUGACGAAAGCGCUGAAGAGACCAGCGAUAUUGGAACGCACGGCUUGCUAUACUAUGCCUGGGUGCUAAGCACGGCGCUGUUCAUGCUGUUGAUCGUGCCUGUGGCGAUAUUGAUACUAUCACAUAGGCGCUCUGAUUUCGACGCGGCUCGUCUAAAAAUGAACGUGACAGCCCCAAUGGCUUGUGUGGAAGAUGUGAAUGACACAGUUAUGUGCAACGGGUACCCUAGCAAGUUGCCGAGCUUUGAAGAUGAGGACUGGCAGCCGUCCAAUGACAGCGCGCCCUUGCCGGCAGGUUAUUCGACAGCCAGCCGCCGGAGACCGGCCACCUCCGUCCGACCGGUUAUCUGCGUCCUAAACCUUGGAACACAGGAUCUCUUGCUGCCAUACGUGGAGACCGAUACGAUAUCCUACUGCAACGUUCUUCUGUGGGAAAGCCUGUCUCUUGGCACGCCCAAAGACCAUAGGAUGGGCCGACGGGGCACACUCGCCUUCGACAAGGAGAAGUUCGACCGGCUGGUGGACCACACGAAGCAGUUCGGAACAGCGGGGGACGGCAGCCUGCCCAUAUAUGUGACUCUCGGCGGCCAGCGCUCCGACAGCCAAGCGUACGUGAGCAUGCUGCUUAACGAAGACUGGCAAGCGUCCGUCACGGUUUCGCUCCAUCGUUUCAACGGCAUCUUCCACGGAGUCAACGUCUACUGGAACUAUCCACGCGACAGUUGCGACACAAAGAGCGUAACGAGCAAAAAUGCGUUGCAUGUGUUCCUGCGGGGCCUUAAGAGCAGAAAUAUGGGUGUCAUGCUGACGGUGCCACCUGUCAGGGAUCUUGUGCGCCGCUACGGGCUGACAAACUCACUGCUUGACAACCUGUCGUACGUGUUGGUGACGACGCAUAAGCUGCAACGCUGCGAUGGCAGAGUUUCCUGCAGCGGGCUCCACCAGUUUGCGGCAAGCGCAUUCCUUCGGGUGCGGACGGACUACGGCAUCAGGCACAGACAGAAAUUCGCCUACAGUAUAUCCGCACGAGUGGACACCUUUUUGGCUAAUGUCGCCUUGGAUUCCACAAACAACGCGACAACGCCGGAAUUCGGCGCCACUUCAUGGAACAAGUCAUCGGAGUACCUGGGCCACACCGAAGUGUGUCGUGCGAAGAAUGUGCACAAGAGCAAGGACGACGAGUGCACGUUGGCAGUCUUGGACGUCGUAGAAGAUUCUGACGGGGUCACAUGGCACAGAUUGGCCACGUACACCUCGCCCCACCAAAUGCAGCUGCGGAUGCAGCGGGCUUUCGACGACGCUAUGGGAGACACUGCCGUGGCCUUGUUCGAUUCUCAGCUAGACGACUUCAGCGGGGAAUGUGAGGCCGAAGAGGGUCACCACAGCAGUUCGUCCUUGGUGGCUGCCAUCGCGACGACAGGCCCGCGAGCUUGAAGGAAUCCCAUAGGGUGAUCCUACAAUUGCCUCGCUGAGUUGUUUUCCAAGCCAGAGAACUUCCUGUGAACAGACUUGCUGUCUUCUGUUUCCUUCAAGAGUGUUUCAAGGAAACCUGAACGUAGUCGGAACUUGGAGCUAGUGCCCACCGAUACUUAUUAUAUAUAUGUGAUUUCUGAACUUGAUAUGUUAUUGUAUGUAAAUGACAAGUGUAUCCUUUGAAAUUGUGACGCCUGCUACACAUAGAAAUUGUGAUGAAAAUGUUUCAUUACGAAUA